AUGGCUGUGGCUGACCCGUGGUUGUCCCAAGAGGACAAGGAGAAUCGUCCACCGGAAAAGCACGACGAUGCAGAGUUGGUUGCCGCCGUGAAGAAGGUGGUCAUUGACGACACCAAAGACGUCGAGGUCGUGGUUGAGGACCCUGCUGUCUUGGCUGAACGGGCUCAUCACCUGCGGUUUAUCGAGGAGGCUCUCGAUAUGGCUCGUCUUGCGCUGCGGACAAAUGAAACGCCCGUGGGCUGCGUCCUCGUACACAACGGCACCGUCAUCGCCAAAGGCAUGAAUGCAACCAAUGUUACGCGCAACGGCACCCGGCACGCAGAAUUCAUGGCCAUCUCGGCACUCUUAUCCGAACCCCUCUGGAGUGGCCCUCGCCAGACGUCACUCAGACCGAAGAACCUCCCCAGGCCGUCGCUCAAGACCCCUGAUGAUGCUUCGGAUGCAAGCUCAGUGGAUUCGAAGAGACCCGAUGAGGGCAACGAGGACGGCAAGAAGGGCCAUUUGUAUCCAUACGGACAGAAACUUCAUCCCGCCCGCAGGGUAAGCCGCGACAUCAUUCGUGAAUGCAUUCUCUACGUCACUGUCGAACCCUGUGUGAUGUGCGCAUCUCUUCUUCGUCAGCUCGGCAUCAAAAAGGUAUAUUUUGGGGCCGUCAACGACAAAUUCGGCGGCGCUGGAGGUGUCUUCAGCAUUCAUGCCAACUCUCUCCCUGUCAGGGAGGACGGGAAAACCGCGAGCGCACAUCCUACUCCCCGACCAUCCCAGCUUCCAGAUGGCAGCGGCACACUAGGGACGUCCUAUCCGCUAGGAGGAGGGGAUGGCGGCAAUGUAGAAGAGGGAUAUGAGAUUGAAGGUGGUUGGGGUCGUGAUGAAGCUGUUGCGCUCUUGAGACGAUUUUACGUACAAGAAAAUGGACGAGCUCCCGUACCAAGAAAGAAGGAGGGAAGGGCGGCUCGACUAGCAGCAAUGAUGGAAAAGGACGAAGAGGCUGGAGUUGAGACUCCCACCGCUGAUGAGGGUCAAGGGCAGGACGAAGGACAUCAACAGGAGGACGCUGUUGAUGAAAAUCAUGAUGCGGCCAUGAUGCAGAAUAAUUCGUCGGAAAAAACACAAGCCAACACGGGUUGGAUGGUUACGUGA